ACUACACCCCCCAUCGGCCAAACAGCCCGUAUUAGGUCGACGUGUAUGUUCGCUCAGUCGGCGCAGAUACUGAAUGAACAUCUCUUAUACAAAUAUCCAUAACAUAUUAGGUUGGAAACAUGGCCGGGGAAAUGUCCAUAAUAGGUUCUGUCAUCCUGGCUUUGUUCCUGGCAGGAUAUCUGGGACAGCAGUACCUGCCCCCUCCGAAGCCCAGGGUCAUUGGGUUGGAUCUUGGGACCACUUUCUGCUCUGUGGGAGUGUUUCAGCCAGGCACAGGCGAGAUUGAGGUUAUUGAAGAUGACAAAGGUCGCAAAAGCAUUCCGAGUGUGGUGUCAUUCACCCCCACUGGUGUGUUUUCUGGACAUGAGGGCCAGGAAUUGUCUGACAUAAAUCAUCAAAACACAAUUUAUGAUGCCAAGAGAUUUAUAGGGAAGAUUUUCGAUGAAGACACUUUAGAGAAAGAGAGCGGACGAUACCCGUUUAAGGUGAUAUUCAACAACGGGAGUGCAGAAUUUUUAGUCUCUACAAAUAGCACCUUCACAGUUACUCCUGAAUUCAUCGGAUCCCGUCUCCUGCUGAAAAUGAAAAAGAUGGCAGAGAAGCAACUAGGAGUAUCUAUCGAUAAAGCCGUUAUAUCAGUGCCAGCAGAGUUUGAUGAGAGGCAAAGAAACUACACCAUAAGAGCUGCUAACCUAGCUGGGCUGGACAUCCUGCGGGUGAUAAACGAGCCCACGGCAGCGGCGAUGGCUUAUGGACUGCAUAAAGCAGAAGUGUUUAAUGUGCUGGUGGUGGAUCUGGGAGGAGGAACACUAGAUGUGUCACUUCUUAAUAAGCAGGGUGGCAUGUUCCUUACCAGAGCAAUGGCAGGUAAUAACAAGCUUGGAGGGCAGGACUUCACCCAGCGUUUGCUGCAGUACACCAUCGAGCGAGUGCGGCAGCAGUACGGCAUGCCUCCUACUCUUAAAGAAGACAUACACCUCCUCCGACAGGCCGUGGAGUCCGCCAAGCUCAACCUCACCCAGGAGCCUCACGUUCACCUCCGUGUUCCUCUUCACCUGCAGACGACGGGAGCAAACGGAGCGCAGGAGGAAAAAGUCCUGUUUCAGGAGAAGCUGACACGGGAACUCUUUGAGGAGCUGAAUGCGGAUCUCUUCCAGAAGAUUCUGGCACCCAUUGAGACUGUCCUCAUAGAGGGCCAUCUAGAAAAAGAGGAAGUGGAUGAGAUUGUCCUGGUGGGAGGGUCUACGAGGAUUCCCCGCAUUAGACAGCUCAUUAGUCAGUACUUUGGAAAGGAACCAAACACAUCAGUGGACCCUGACCUGGCCGUGGUGACCGGGGUAGCCAUUCAAGCAGGCAUCAUGGGCGGCUCUUGGCCUCUCCAGGUCAGCGCAAUUGAGAUUCCCAACAGGCACCUUCGUAAGACCAACUUCAGCUGAUUGGUUGAGAGACUUGCUGCUACUUGGGCAUUUGUCACGUGACUGCUAUGUGCCAACAAACCAAAAACCGGUUAAACGAUGUGUGUGUUAUAUGUUUUUGCUUCCUUAAACGCAUUAGCUUUGCAAAGAAUUCCUGAUUGGGCCAAACACAAUGGUUACUGGAGCAUUUGUACUUAACGUCUGGACUUGUUGGCCCAAAUUACAAUUUAUACAUUUAGCAUCAAGAGAAUGUUUUUCCUCUGUUAUCUUGAGCAAAUGUCUGCUUGGGACCGUAUCGGUUAGUUUAUUGCCAUCUGUGUGCCUAACUGGUACUAACUGUGCAAUAAGUCUUUGACAACUGGUUUUGGCAGGUUUAAUGAUGUUGUAUUCAGGGAAGCAGCUGUUUGUAUAUAACUGAAUAAUCAUUCCAGUCUCAGCUAUUUAUUUAUUUAUUUUGCCAAGGCUAGUUGUGAUUUCAGCUAGCUGUUUCCGGAGUUUUGCUUGUGCCUUUUUAAUCAUUGCCACAGUUAAACGUGUACCGUAGGCGUUUUUUUUUCUCUCGAAUAGAGUUCAGUAUUAGUAAACCAUAAUACAACCUGCCAACUGUUAAAUAUAAAUAAUUUAAAAUGUACCAGCAUGACCAAUGUGGUAUUUAGUUCAUUAACUCUUCAAACUGAAGCUUUAAUAAGAAUGUGAAUUAAAAGAUCUAUAAAUGUUUACUUAUAUGUUUAGGUUCACAUUUUUCUGCAUAUUAAAAAAGUGAAGUAUAAUUACCCACGUGGACGUGGCUUUUUGUGUUGACCUGUCUUGUUUAUAUAAUGCUGAAAGCGUAAUAUUAGAGGUGAAAAUAGUUUUUGCAAAGUGUGAAUAUAGUUUAAUGCACUUUACAUAUAGAGUUCAGAACAUUGCACAAGGUCAAAAGGGAAAACAAUUAUACAUUUAUCAGUGUGAAUGCAUAUUCAAAACGUUACUGUACUUGUAAAAAACAUUGAAUUCUAUUUUUGUACAGUCCUGUACCAUUUCAUUUGUAGCAUUAUGCACAGAACCUGGUUUGUGUGUGUGAUUACAGUCCUUUAACUUUUGCUACUGUGUAAAGAAAAACAAACCUUGUUAAAACUGCAGUUUUUUUAUUGAUCGACCUCUGAAACACAUCAAUACAAAAUAAAAACAUCAAACAGCACAA